UCCCGGGGAAGAGGGGCGGGGCCAGGCUCGGUAGAGCGGUGGAGCGGACAGGGAGGGGGAUCGCUCGGGCUCUCCGGAGAUGGCUUUCAGAAGGAGGAAAACUUACCCCAUCUUCAGCCAGGAGUUCGUCAUCCACAACCAUGCGGACAUCGGCUUCUUCUUCAUCAUCUGCGUCCUCAUCGGGCUCAUGUUUGAGGUCACAGCGAAGACUGCCUUUAUAUUCAUCUUACCUCAGUAUAACAGCAGCCUCCAGUCUCUGGAUGGUGAGAUUGUGUACUAUCACUACGGGGCAAAAGAUUUGGUCACCAUUUUGUUUUACAUCAUCAUAGCAAUCAUACUCCAUGCCAUCGUACAGGAGUACGUUCUAGAUAAAAUAAACAGGCGGCUCCACCUCUCCAAGGUGAAACAAAGCCGCUUUAAUGAGUCCGGGCAGCUAGCUGCGUUUCACCUCGCCUCCAUGUUUUGGAGUCUGUAUGUAGCGGCCACAGAAGGAUUUUUAUCCAAUCCAAAGACACUAUGGGAGAGUUACCCCCAUGUCUACUUACCUUUUCAAGUGAAAUUCUUCUACCUGGGUCAGCUAGCGUACUGGCUCCACGCUCUUCCAGAGUUAUACUUCCAGAAAGUGAAGAAAGAAGAAAUCCCUCGCCAGUUGCAGUACAUCGUUUUAUAUUUACUCCAUAUAGGAGGGGCUUAUUUACUAAAUUUGACCCGCUUGGGGGUGAUAUUGCUGCUAUUGCAAUCUGUAUCAGAAUUUCUAUUCCAUAUUGCAAGACUCUUUUACUUCAUCGAUGAAAAUAAUCAGAAGCUAUUUAAUGCCUGGGCAGUGGUAUUCGUGGUCUCAAGGCUGUUUACACUCACCCUUUCCGUUCUGACCAUUGGAUUUGGCCUCGCCAGGGCGGAGAUUCACACCUUUAACCCAGACAAGGGAAAUUUUAACACGUUACUUUUUAGGAUGAUUGUACUUCUCAUGAUGUGCAUUUCACAGACGUGGAUGAUGUGGCGGUUCAUUCACUUCCAGCUGCGCCGUUGGCGGGAGUCCUGUAAGGAGCAGGCUGCCAAGAAGAAGACCGCCAUCGCCCCUGUCAUACCCAAACAACAGCUGAAGGUGCUCAAAAGGGAGUCGGGUUAUCACGAAAAUGGACUGCUUAAAGCAGAGAAUGGUUCCACACCUCGACAGAAAAAAAUCAAAGCUCCGUAAACGCCAAACUCUACAGCAGAGCCUGGGAAUACCCGGAAGACCACCAGGACUAAGAGUGUACUCCGGACUUCUGCCAAUGCUACAGCCCUUUGUGGGCCAACAAAAAAAAGUGCCUUUAAGAAGCCUCAUUAGUUACUUUUUGUUACAUAUUUAAAAUGAAACACAACAUUUUUACAACGUGCCGAACUUGACUUCUGCCAGAAGCUGGUACAGUCAAGCCUCGGAUCUUGGACAUUUUGAUUACUUUGUUCAGUAUUCCUAUUUUUUAUUUUUUUUUGUGGCUUAGUUUGUUACUCGGUAAAAUGCUUCCAAAUUUUGACUACACUGUUGCCACGGAAUGCCUUUGACUUGCCCGCUCGAAGCACUACCUCCUCCCUGGCUGUACCGCAUAAGCUGGGCUACUGCCGUACCUCUGAAUUACCUUUUUGGUUGGCCAAAUAGAGCUUGGUUUUUCCUCCAAUGUAAUGAAGAUUCGAACUUUGCAUCUUACGGAGUUGGAGUAAUGGUUGAGGAACAAAAAUGAGAUGAAAAAUUGAGUGCAGAAAUUUCCUGGCCUAUGGGGCAUUUUCUGACCUCCCGGGAUAAAAACUUUGUUCUUCGUAAGCAAUUUGCAGAGGAGUGGAAAGAAAUCAUUUUUGUUUUGCAGGCAUUUUAAAGAUAAUGGCUUUGAUGACCCUCCUGUUUUAUAAAGCUUUCCAGGAAUUAUCCAACCCGCCAAGAUCCACUGCACCGGGAUUAUCCAACCCGCCAAGAUCCACUGCACCGGGAUUAUCCAACCCGCCAAGAUCCACUGCACCGGGAUUAUCCAACCCGUCAAUCUUGUCUUGGACAGCUAUGAUGAGAUUCAAAUAACUGCUGCAUCGGGAGACCCAACCUAACUCCUCCCCAUGAAUGUGCCUCAGACCUUGCCCGACCACAGCUAAAAAUCACCUUUGUUCACAAACCAGCAAGCUUUUGCUGUCAAUUGUUCUUUCCACAAAAUUCUUGCUGGUUAGUGGAUAUGGGCUUAAUAGAUUGUGUAGCAUUGGUUGGUUGUGUAGCAAAUGGGGUCCCACGAUCUCUUUUCUGUUCCCAAGAUUGUUAAACCGUAGUCAUCCAUUAAUGCUUCAGUUGGAAAUGCAGUAUUUUUGUCAAUGCCAUGACAAUAGAAUGGUAAAGCUGAACACUUUAUUGCAUGCUUACAUUGGUUCAGUUUGGACCAAUGUAGGUAUGCAUAUCUCAUACCACCUGAGGUGGGGGGCACUGAUGAAGCUCACAAUGUAGUAGAAGGGAGAAACCCCCCACUAUGCCAACAUCCAAUAAUUAUUUGAAAGGAUUGAAUGAGUUGAAAACUCAAUCCAAAAUGUGGUGGACUUUAUCGGCACAACACGAGACCAUAAUUGUCAAAAAAAUUAUUUUAUUAUUUGUAAUAAAAACUUUGACAAACAAAUGCCCUACUGACUAGGUCAACAGAUACUCAAUAUAGUACACAUAGAGCUUAGAAUCUAAAUAUAAUGUAUCAUAAAUUGUAUAAACACCAAGGGCUGGAUUCAGAAAGACUUACGACGGGCGUAUCAGUAGAUACGCUGUCGUAAGUCCGAAUCCGCGCCGUCGU